AAUUAGAAAACAAUGACCACAAAGCAAGAAUUUUUUUCCAAGUUAAGCCAAGCCACUGUGCUGGCCUGAGGCAUCUUUUCCAUAUGACAAUUUUUUUUCUUCCCGAUCUAACCAUUUGAAAUGCUGGAAAAUUAAAUUUACAUAAAUAAGUCGUCCGAGGGGCUGGUGGCCUUGCCGGGGCCGACCUAUGAUAAAGGUCAGAUACAUCAAAUUAGAGGGAAUUAAUAUGAUCACAACUCUUCCAAAGAGAUCGAUGAAGCCCAAAGCAAGAGCUCGUGAGCUUCCCUUCGGAAGACCUCCCAAGGUUGUUCUUGUUGUGACCACCUCCCUCAUCCUCAUCACCCUCAUCUCCAUUUACCACCCUUUCGAAUAUCAGCAGCCCGAUUACCAGUCGCCGGAAAUUUCUAGUCACAAUCCUCCUCCUCCUCCUUCUCCUCCUCCUCCUCCUCCAGUCACGCAAGUCACCGUUAGAGACAAAAAUGUUGUUGAUCCUGUUGUGGUUGAUACGGAUACGACCGGUGCUAAUAAUAAAGAGUGCGACAUAUUCUCGGGGGAGUGGGUACCAGACCCAAGCGCGCCGUACUACACGAAUGAGACUUGCAUGGCGAUCCACGAGCACCAGAACUGCAUGAAGUACGGGCGGCCCGACUCCGGAUUCAUGAAGUGGAGGUGGAAGCCGUUUGGGUGUGAGCUCCUGCUAUUCAAACCGACCCAAUUCUUGAAGAUUGUAAGAGGGAAGUCCAUGGCCUUUGUUGGAGACUCCCUCGCAAGGAACCAUGUGCAGUCUCUCAUUUGCUUACUGUCCAGGGUGGAGUACCCUAAGGACAUUUCAUACACAUCGGACGAGCGCUUUAAACGGUGGAAUUAUGUGACGCACAACUUCACGCUCGCGAUGUUCACCUCUCCGCACUUGGUGAAAGCAAAUCAAUCGGACCCAGACGGUCCAGCUCACUCAGGAAUCUUUAAUCUCUACCUGGACGAGGCCGAUGAGCAGUGGAUAACCCAGGUAGACGAACUCGACUACCUGAUCAUCUCAGGAGGGCACUGGUUCUUCCGUUCGCUCAUCUUCUACGAGAAACAACGACGAGUCGGCUGCCAUUUAUGCCAGCUCAAGAACGUACCAUACCUCUCGAACUUUCAUGGCUUCAGAAAGGCACUUGGGACCGUUUUCGGUGCCAUUAACAGUAGGAAGAAUUACAAGGGAAUAACCUAUCUCAGGACUCUCUCGCCAUCACACUUCGAAGGCGGACUGUGGAAUGCUGGAGGGGACUGUGUGAGAACAAAGCCGUCUUCUCGCAAUGAGACAACUCUAGGCGGCGAAGAGACGGAGCUGUAUGCGAUCCAAAAGGAAGAAUUCCGAAAGGCCAAGGCAGAAGGGAGGAAGAGGGGGCUGAAGUACAGGUUACUUGAUACAACUCAGGCUUUGCUUCUGAGGCCCGACGGGCACCCGAGCAAGUACGGGCAUCCGCCUAAUGAGAAGUGGUAUAAUGACUGUGUUCACUGGUGCCUGCCAGGGCCGGUCGAUGCUUGGAGCAAUUUCUUGCUGGAGAUGAUGAAGAUAGAGGGUCGGAUAUCGAGGGAGGAGAAGUGAGCCCUAGUGGCGACAUAGUUUUGAUUCAGUAGAUGUUUAUACAUAUAUAUAUCCAUGCGGGCUUACCGUUUCGUACCUGUCAUAUCUUCGAAUUCGAUUGGUAUAUUCAUUGUGUGGGCGAUGCUAAUUGAGGUCGAUAAUUCCACAUGUUCCUCCGGAAAUGAGAUGAGAUUCAUAUAUAUAAAAGUUUGAUCAUAAGAAAAGGGAUCGAUUUCUUU